AUGAUUUUAUUAAAAUAAUGCAUAGAACACAUUAUAGGUUUUCUUUUGUUUGCAUCACCUAUUUUGUUUUUAUUAUUAAUAUUAUAAUUUAUUUUAAAUUUAGAAUGUAGUUGAGGGUUCUGGUCCACGGCAUGCUAGAUCACACAGUAUUAACGCGUCAAUUAGGAGAAAUAGGGGGAUUAGUAUAUGGGAAGGUAAUUCAGUACCGAAGCGCGACAGGGUAGUGGAUGAUUAUGGGACUCCGGGUUUGGGUUCGAGGUACGAGGAUGAUGGACCUGAAGAUGAUGAAGAUGAGGGUGAGGCUGAUGCUGAGGAGCAGCCGCCUGUUGUGACAAGAGGUCCUGAUGGGAGAUUUACGAGUUCCCGACCACCUCGAUCGGCAGCGUCUUGGCUUGUUUAGGGGCCGAUGGACGGUGGGCCCGAGGAUGGGUGCGUUAUUCCUAAUUUCGGGGCCCAUGUUGCGGGGAAGAUCGACGAUUUUUGUGGUGUCAUACUAGAGCUGGUGUGUGUAGAGACUUGACUGACUGGCUAGAGAGAUUUACGGCUGCCACUACUACACGGAUACGGCAGACUGGGUUGUCGCACCUACCUAGCAUUAUGCACGACCACCUUGAUUUCCACUGAUUUAUGCUUUUGUUGAGAGAUGGUAGCCAGACACGAACACAUUCCACCUACUUUUUGGUGAGAUGACCAUCAUGUUGCACAACGUACACCACAUACUUGGUAUUCGGGUUGAUGGGGAUAUGGUUGCCGGUGAUCUCCCUAGUGACCAGUAUAGGACAUUAGUAGCUGGGUUGUUACAUUUGACUCCAGAGGAGUUACAGGUCAAGACUCAGAACGCCAUCUACAAGAACGGUGGCGUCCAUACUGACCAGAGGGUCAGUUCUUCAGCUCAGAUGACCACUCUCAUGUGGGAUAGAUUUGUCCCCGGUGAUGCGUUCGGUCUUCUGCUUGGUGGAUGUACUAGAGUUCCACGUGGCGGACAUACUUGUGCCCCUGACUACCUACCAUGGUUUGGGAGAGUUAGCCAUCCUAUCGUCACUCCUAAUGUUGAGGAUGAUGUCGGUCUUCCUGAGAGGACCAACGUUGAUUACUGGGUAGGGUGGUUCAUGGUUACAGCGCAGCGAUCACUUAGUGAGUACCUUACGCUAUCAAUGGACACCAGAGCAAUGUUGGAGCAGGUGAUUGCUGAUUGGAAUGCAAUAAAUGGACUUAAAGAUUAGUUGUAAUUUGUAUUUUAGCUUUGACUUUGUUGUUUUAUUAGACUAUGUUUUGGAUGUUGUUAGUGGACAUUUAUAUUUUAUCACUUUUGUUGGGAAUUUUCAAGUUGACAUUUA